GGCGUUCCGAGAGGAGAGGAAAUUGCGGCGGCCCUGGAACCUGGAUACUGCGCGAGGCAAGCUGUGCGCGGGCGGGCGGGCUAUGGCGCAGGCGGGUUGCGGGGCCGGCGCUGGUGGCGGGGCCCGGUGCAUGGCGGUCUGUCAGCGGAGGCGCCCUCGGGGGCUGUCAGAUUUGUGACCUAGAACAAAAUCUCUGACCUCAGCUGUGGCUCUUGGUGCUGGCCAGAAGUCAACUUCAUGUCUCAAUACAUGAGUAGCAGUUUGCCAUGGAGAGCCUGGGGCUGCAGACGGUGACCCUUAGUGAUGGGACGAUGGCCUACGUCCAGCAGGCUGUCAAAGGAGAGAAGCUGCUUGAAGGCCAAGUGAUCCAGCUUGAGGAUGGAACCACUGCUUACAUUCACCAAGUGACAGUACAAAAAGGUGAGGGCAUCCUGAUACAUCCCUAUCUUGAGGAGAGGAAGCUGGCAGCCCCCACUGAGGGACUCCUUUAUGAUAAUGACCUCCAGAGAAAAACAGGCAUUGUUUUCAUUACAGAAUCUCUCUCUUUUGAGGAUGGACAGCCUGUGCAACUGGAAGAUGGCAGCGUGGCCUACAUACACCGCACACCCAAAGAGGGCUAUGACCCCAGCACCCUGGAAGCUGUCCAGUUGGAAGAUGGUUCCACUGCCUAUAUUCACCACUCUGUGGCUGUGCCGUCAGACAGCACCAUCCUGGCUGUGCAGACAGAGGUGGGUUUGGAAGACCUGGCAGCAGAGGACGAGGAGGGCUUUAGUGCAGACACAGUGGUGGCCCUGGAGCAAUAUGCCAGCAAGGUUCUGCAUGACCAGACUCCCCAUAAUGGCAAAGGGCAACAAGUUGGAGACAGAGCAUUUCGCUGUGGCUACAAGGGCUGUGGGCGUCUCUAUACCACUGCUCAUCAUUUAAAGGUGCAUGAACGAGCUCACACAGGUGACCGUCCAUACAGGUGUGACUUCCCCAGCUGUGGAAAGGCCUUUGCCACAGGCUAUGGGCUGAAGAGCCACGUCCGCACCCACACUGGUGAGAAGCCGUACAAAUGCACAGAGGAGCUGUGCAGCAAGGCCUUCAAGACUUCAGGAGACCUGCAGAAGCACGUCCGUACCCACACCGGUGAACGCCCGUUCCGGUGCCCCUUUGAGGGCUGUGGCCGCUCCUUCACCACAUCUAAUAUCCGCAAGGUACACGUGCGCACCCACACAGGCGAGCGGCCCUACACCUGUCCGGAGCCCCACUGUGGCCGUGGCUUUACCAGUGCCACCAACUACAAGAAUCACGUUCGCAUCCACACAGGGGAGAAGCCAUACGUUUGCACGGUGCCAGGCUGUGGGAAGCGCUUCACCGAAUACUCAAGCCUAUACAAGCACCACGUGGUGCACACGCACUGCAAGCCCUAUACCUGCAGUACCUGUGGCAAGACUUACCGGCAGACCUCCACCUUGGCCAUGCACAAGCGCAGCGCCCACGGCGAGCUGGAGGCCACAGAGGAGAGUGAGCAAGCCCUCUAUGAGCAGCAGCAGCUUGAAGCUGCUUCUGCCGCCGAGGAGAGCCCGCCACCCAAACAAUCCCGCAUUGCUUACCUUUCGGAGGUGAAGAAAGAGGGUGAUGACAUCCCAGCCCAAGUGGCCAUGGUGACCGAGGAGGAUGGGUCCCCCCAGGUGGCUCUGAUCACUCAGGAUGGUGCCCAGCAGGUGAGCCUCUCCCCAGAAGACCUGCAAGCCCUGGGGAGUGCCAUCAGUAUGGUGACCCAGCAUAGCAGCACUACCCUCACCAUCCCUAAUCAUGAUGAUGACCUGGCUACAUCUGGCACACAUACGGUCACCAUGGUCAGCGCUGAUGGCACCCAGACGCAGCCCGUCACAAUCAUUACCUCUGGGGCUGUGGUGACUGAGGACUCAAGUGUAGCAUCCCUUCAUCAUCAACAGGUGGCACUGUUGGCCACAGCCAAUGGAACACACAUUGCAGUACAGCUGGAGGAGCAGCAGACCUUAGAGGAAGCCAUCAGUGUGGCUACCGCUGCCAUGCAUCAAGGGGCUAUGACUCUGGAGACAGCAGUGUCGGAGAGUGGCUGCUGAGCCCAAGAGGGCUAGAACUUACACCAUGUUAGAAGAGGUGUCAUGCUACACAAUGCCACACAGGCAUUCUUGCAUCCAAGGGCCCAGGCUGUGGCUGGCACACAUGGAAUGUGGCCACAUAGGUCUCUGAGAUGAGAAGACAGCAGGAAAAUGACCUCACUGAUGAGGGCCCCACCCAAGAGGAAGGCCAGGCAACUGAAGUCAGAGAAGCACGUCAUCCUCAGGAGCUGAGGAGAACGAGCCUGAUCACCAGGCUGUACUGGGAUACCCUCCCCUCAAAAUCAGUGGGGCACCCACUCCUAGAGAACACUCUUCCUCCCCUCAGUCUUCUCCCCUUCUCAGGUGGAGAUUUGGGUUGCUGUGGGGACUGGCCCUCCACCCUGACUGGUCAUUGCCCACCAGGAGAGAGGGCAGGCAGCUCUUCAGCCCAGUGGGAGCAAAGCAGGCCCAGCCCUGCCCUCCCAGCAAUAACCAUUUCCCUUGAGGCCAGCCAAGAUGCCUGGCAACCUGGCACAGGGGCUUCUGCCACCAUAGUCAGAAUUAAUUCCUCAGGGGCCUAUGGCUGGAGAAAAGGUACCCAGCCCCCACCUCCCCCCAACUGCCUCCCAACCUCUCUGUGGCAGAGAGGCAGGGAGCAGCCCUGUACAGAGAUUGCAGGGGUUUGGGUUUAAUUGUUUUUUAAAUCCAUUUUGAUAAUUUUUUUUUCCUGCUCUGGGUGGUGGUGGCAACAAAUGGGUGAAUGACUAUUUAAUAAAAGUUCCAAGUUUC